CAAGUGAGCACGAAUGACCUCUGGUGUGUGUCGAAACAUGCGUAACAUUGUCGAGUGUGACACCGUAAUUAGUUUUUGAUACGUUUCUCAUAAUUGUUGGUAUUGAUUUUAUUUGAAUAUACGGAACUGCUUCGUGAAAACUAAUGCUUUGUGGUGAACACUAUCGGGUAACAACAAUUUGUUCUCUUCGAGAAAGAAACGAAACGAUUCAACUCUCGUUUGCCAUAACCAAUAAUUUUAACACAUACUAGUGGCUCCAUCUAUUGGAAAACGCGUAGCCCAUUGUUAUUGACAGUGAAGUUGAGUUAGUGGACUUCACCCACUAACGCCAUUUCUUUGAAAAGCGUUGAAACUGUUUAUACAUCAUUAUACAGCGAAGACAUAGACAGCGAAUAUAUUCAUAUAAUUACAAUACGACUGAAAGUUCAAAAUGUAUGAACACUUGUUCAAGAGUCCUUUACACCGUGUCUUCGUAUACGGAACACUAAAGCGAGGAGAACCCAACCACAAGUUGAUCCAAGACGUUGCAAAUGGAUACGCAAAGUUCUUGGGACUUGGAAGAACCACUGUUCCGUAUCCGCUAAUAAUUGCCACUAAUUAUAAUAUACCAUUUUUGUUGAAGAAACCUGGCUUUGGUCACCAUGUAUUUGGUGAAGUAUACGAUGUCGACACGAAAAUGUUAAAAAAGUUAGACGAACUAGAAGAACAUCCGACGUUUUACGAACGAUCAGAGGAAGAUGUGUUGGUUGCUCCAGAAGGCAAGACCAAAUCGAGCGAUAAUUUUGAAGAGAUCAGUACCUUGACAAAGGUCUGGAUAUAUUUUCUACCAAAGUUCAGGGCGUCCUUGUUGGAGUAUCCCAUGUACAGCUCGUACAGCAACGAGGGAAGCCACGGACUCAAAUAUUGCGAAAAGUAUGCUCGCAAUCCCUUGUACAAUCACAGAAGCGAAGUUCAGUGAUAGUUCAUCCUCAAAAUAUAUUUGUUUCCAGCGAGGAAAGUACAGUAAGGCCGGAAGACCUACUCUGAUCAAGGUGUUUUGCAUAUGUUGUUAUCCCCAUCAUCGCAUGAACGCUUCAACUUCAUGUUUGUUAAUCCUGAUAGUUAAUAAAAGAUUUUUCGUCGAAUGAAAA